AUGGAAUCAGACCGAAGUUGGAUGUAUAGGCGGCUCCAUGGCGGGUUGUUGUACCCAGGUUUUGACGAGCGCGUACAACAGUUUGUGAAUUUCGCCUUACGUCAUCCUGCGUGUAUGAGUGGGGCUGAGAUUAAAUGUCUUGUCCUAGGACAGGAUGUAAAAAUACGAGUUAUCGGGAUGUCGAAACAGUCAAGCUUCUCAUUUUGCAGAAAGGGUUUGUCAAAGAUUAUCAAGUCUGGGUUUUUCAUGGAUAUGAUGCGUGCGGCCAAAGAACCUGUAUGCCCCGGUAAUAGCAAACACUCUCCCUUGUCUGCAGCUGCUAAAAUGUUAGACAUCAAAUGUCGACAUAGUGGGUCAGUAGCUUUAGUAGAUGAUGUGACCGAAUUUAUACAAGAGCUGCUCCCAGAGGACAACAAGAUGCCAAAGAACUUUGCUGAAAUAAAGAAGAUAAUUAGAGGUCUUGGGUUGCCGGUUGAAGUUAUCGAUUGCUGUUUCCGCAAAUGCAAGAUUUACUGGGGGUCAGACGCGGAGUUAACACGAUGCAAAAUUUGCGAUCACGAACGGUGGAAACCGCCCCCUAAAGGAAAUUCUGUGAAAAGACGAGUUAACGUCCCUUAUAGGAAAAUGUUUUAUUUUCCUAUAACUCUGAGACUGCAGAGGUUGUACGCUUCUAUAGCCAUCGCCAAGCAUAUGACGUGGCACGCAGAACACGAGAUGGUUGAUGGAAAGAUUUGUCACCCGGCCUUCGGGCAGAAUUAUUCAUCAUGGCCAGUAAUUUUGACACCCUACAAUCUCCCCCCAGGGAUGUGUUUGAAAGAUGAGUUCAUGUUUUUAAUUGUUAUUGUCCCUGGGCCUCGAAAUCCUAAACACCAAAUGGAUAUAUUCCUGCAGCCAUUAAUAGCUGAGCUGAACCAACUGUUGGAAUUUGGAGUCCAGACAUUCGACGUUCAUAGGCGACAGAAUUUUCAAAUGAAAGCGGCACUGAUGUGGGCAAUUAAUGAUUUUCCCGCUUAUUCCAUGUUGUCUGGCUGGAGCACAUCUGGGAGACUGGCUUGCCCACACUGCAUGGAAAAUAAGGAUGCUUUCACGCUUAAAGGGAGUAGAAAACAGUCGUGGUUUGAUUGCCACAAAAGGUUCUUGCCUCGUGGUCACGCGUACCGUCAUAACACAACUCAUUUCCGUAAAGGGAAAACCGUAAAUCAAGAAUUCGGACAGCCGAAAACCGGAGAAGAAUUGCUGGCAGAGGUGGACAAUCUGGGUUUUAUGAAGGCAUAUGAAAUUGGGGCUGAGAAAAAUAAUGUUGCAAAGUCGACAGAUUAUGACCAUGCAAAAUCUAGAGAUGAGUUGAAUGACAUAUGUGAUCAGCCCGAGUUAGCAAAAGAUCCGGUUACUGGGAGAUUUCCUAAGGCGAUGUAUGCUUUGGAUAGGGACGGAAAAAAGGCUUUACUCGAGUGGAUUAAGUUAAUAAAGUUUCCAGAUGGUUAUGCGUCUAACUUUUCCAGAUGUGUCGAUACAACCAGUCUGAAAAUGCAUGGAAUGAAAAGUCAUGACUGCCACAUUUUUAUGCAAAGAAUUUCUCCAAUCGCUCUCCGUGAGCUAUUACCGAAGGAAGUGUGGGAGCCUUUAACAGAGCUGAGUAUCUUUUUCCGUGCGUUAACCUCCACGUCUCUAACAGAGAAAGAUAUAGAACGUAUGAGGCUGGAAAUCCCAAAGAUACUGUGCAAGCUAGAACGUAUUUUUCCGCCAAGCUUUUUUGACUCCAUGGAACAUCUACCCGUACAUCUACCGAUCAAAGCUAUGAUGGCAGGGCCGGUUCAGUAUCGCUGGAUAUAUUUAAGAAAACUGAAAAAAAAAGUCUCCAAUAAAGGGAGGGUAGAAGGAAGCAUCAGCAGCGGAUACUUGAAUGAAGAAACAGCAAAAUUUGUAGCUUAUUACUUUUCAGAAGGUGACCCAAUGAUACCUGAGCGGCUGCAAAGAAAUGAAGUUUGUGACAUUAAAAUCGACAACGAUGUUGACAGACUAUUUAUUUUCAAGCCUCACGGGCAAUCAAUGGGUGCUUGCCGAAAGAGAUAUCUCAAAGAUGCUGAGAUUGUUGCUGCUCGGACAUAUGUUCUGUUGAAUUGUUCAGAAAUUGAAAAUUACAGAGAGUAA